GCCAACAGUACGCGAGCAGCGUUCGAAGAGCGAGCGUUGAUUCAGCGCGGUUUUGCGACAACAUAUCGGGAAUUCGUUUCGUCGUUCCAUCAUCCUUUUCUUUUUUCCCCAUUUCUCUCCUCCGACUCCGCCGGUCCCUCGUUAUUUUUAUUAUUAUUACUUUUUUUUUAUACUAUUGUUUUUUACAUUCUCCUUUCUUUGGAGACUAUUCGGGUUGUAAAUUACAACGUUAAGUGAUAGUGUGCAAAAAACGUUGUGCGUGAUUCUGUAUAUUGUGUAUGUAUAUAUAUAUACACUCACGUAUUAAGUUACAAGUGACAGAGGCAGAGGAUUUUCGAAAAGGGAGUGUCAGAGGAUUUCAUUCACUACUGCAAUACCUUUGUGAUUGAGGAUGCUGUACCAGUAACGAUCCUUGGCUGCAGCAUGAUAUGAUAAGGACUUGAUCUCAAGAACCCCCAAAAUGAAACCUCUGCUCCUCGCUUUCUCCCCCCUCCUCCUGAUCCUCCUCCUCGUCUUCCCGUUGACCCUUACCCUGACCCUGCAAGAGGACGAUCUCGUCUUCGACGACGUCGGCGAGCCCUCCGCCUCAGCCUCGGGUCCCUCGAUAUUCAGCAACGAGGAACACCAGGAGUAUAACGAAAGGAAACGCGACAGAUCGAGGGAUGGCAAGAAACACAACGUCGAACGGUUAUGGGGGAUUCCUAACACGUUCGUCGUCGUGGGUCACGUAUUUAAGAUGAGAAUUCUCAAGCAAGCCUUCAGCGGCAGCGUCGAUCACUUCGAGGCUCGGGGUAUAAACGGGCAUCCUUUACCGCGUUGGCUCGAUUGGGACGAACCUGCUUCCACGCUCGUCGGCAUCCCUUCGAGGAAGGACCUGGGACUCCACAACGUGAUGAUCAAGGCCGUCGGAAGGCACGGCGACUUCGCGAAAGACGUAUUUUCCAUAAACGUCGUGCCCGAGAAGAAACACGAAAUAACGCACAAAGAUGGAAAGAUGGACUUGGAGUCUGAAGAAUGCGUUACGCACUGCGACGAAUCUGAGGACCAGACUCUUCUGACAAUCGUUUUAGACACCAGGUUCGAGAACUUGAAGCCGGCGUCAAGAGUAAAUGCAAUCGAAAAUCUGGCUGGAUUCUUGGGUUUACACACGAGUGCCUUUUCGAUGCACCCUCAUGUGAGCAAGGAAACUUCAGCUCCAGACGCGUCAGUGAUUUUAUCGGGACCUGGCAAUGUCAAACGGCGUCGAGAAAAACACCCCACGGCUAUCCAAUGGCAGGUGGGCUGCGAUGGUCGUCUUUGGCAUCACCAAACUGAUUUGGUAAAUCAGCUGCGAGAUCAGGCUAGAGAUGGUACUUUAGCCGAAGUUUUAGAACAACCAGUUUUACUUUGGCGGGUGAAAACAGAUUCCAGUUCUUUGUUGAGAAAUCGUAGGGAUACAGGGUCCGGGGAUUACAAUACUGAUCCCGAUUAUUAUGAGCAAUAUGACGAUUACGAAGAUGAAGAGGAUAUUGUAGAUGAGAACAAUCCCAUAAACGGUGGUGAUGUCGAAGGUGACGACGAAGAUGGUGAUGACAACGAACCGAUUACGGAACAGCCAAAUAUCGCAGUAUCCAAAAUGCUUGUCGACGAAUUUGGUCGGCCACACAGACAUCAUCAUGGAGAAAAAUCCAACGAGCCAAAACUAGAAGAAGAAAUCGAUGCCGAAGACCUUUACCCGGGUAUCUUGAGCAAAAUUGGGAUUACAGCCGAAAAUGCUGGAGAAACUCCUCAGCAAGUACCUGUACUAGGCAUGUUGCCAAUAUCAAUUCCAACAAAUACCACAACAUCAGUGCCGACACUUGCGCCGACAAGCGUGCCUCCCACAACCAUCUCGUCAUCGACCACAACUCAGGCACCAACAACAGUAAUACCAACAUCAUCAACGACCACAACCACAACUACUACCACCACAGCCGUACCGCCAACAGAGUCCUCGAAAUUAGAAACGGUGGAAGUGCCGAAAGAGAAAGUUGAAAGAAUUGAUACAAUCUCUAUAACCGUACCCACAGUGCCUGCAGAAACUACGACAAUCCCCCCUAAAACAACCAUUCUCCAAACUAGUGAAACUAAUGUAAUAUCGACUAGCGGUUCAGCAAUAAAACCUGUGUCUGAGACGACAGUGGUCUAUGAUCAAACAACCAUCCCGCAAGAGAUAACUGGAGCACGCAAUCAGUCCACGAUAGUAAUGCCAUCACCAACAACUGUAUCAACCACAACAACACAGGCAACUACAACGGUUACUCCACUCUCUGUAUCGACUACCCAGCGGAUGACUACACAACCGAGAACUACAUCUCAAUUAACGCCAGAGAUUACGGAUAAAAUUGAUCUCGAACAGCUCAAUUUCCCACCCAGAGAAGAUAGACGAUUGCAAAAGAUACAAGUAACAGCCGGAAAACUUCUCAGUUUUCUUAUUCCUGAGGACACCUUUGUCGAUGUGGAAGAUGGAAAUGCUAGGGAUCUCCGCUUGAGUUUGUAUAAGCAACACAAUCCAAUCAAGAACAAUCACUGGCUUCAGUUCAACAAUCAGACGCAGGAAGUUUAUGGAUUACCACUUGAAAAUGUCAUUUCGGUCUGGGAUUAUGAACUUGUGGCAGAAGAUAGCGAAGGACUAAGAGCGAAUGCAACUCUAGAUGUUCAUGUCCAACAACAUCCGCAAAGUCGAUCCGUUAAUCACGAAUUUAAUAUUUCUUUGAGAAUUGAUAAACGAAGUGCAUUUCCGACGAACGUGGAUUGGGAAUUUAAGGUCGUUCGCGGUCUUGCCAAACUUUACGGAGAUGAAGAUACAUCCAAAAUAACAGUUCGACAAAUCAAUAUUGUGGGUGACCAUAUUACUUUUACGUGGUCUAAUGACAGUCUUCCUCGAAGCAUCGAAUGCCCCGAAGAAGAAAUUAGUAAAUUAUUUGACGUUUUGGUGGAGAAUGAAAAUGGAUUGCCCAGUACUGCAUUGCAAACAAUUCUUGCACCUGAAAUAAAGGCUCGACACGUCGCCCUGCAUAAAAUUGGACAAUGUGAAGAGGAACCAAAACCUGAACCGCCUGCAAUUGUGACUGAGAAACCUCUACUACCCAAGAUAAACCAACCUCCAGUGCCAAGGAAUCAAGUAGACCGCAUUAAUGCAACGGUUGGACAAUUGCUUGUAUUCACUGUUCCCGAGGAUAUGGCUUUUGACGCUGAGGAUGGUUCAGCUCACAACAUGAAGAUGUCAUUGAUGACCAGCGAAAGAAUGCCAAUUCCAGAUGAUCACUGGCUUCAAUUUGACAGCAAUAACCACCAAUUCUAUGGAGUACCUAUGCCAAAAGAUAUCGGGCGUAAAGAAUACCAAUUGAUCGUCACAGAUUCAGCAGGCGCAAGUCUAACAGACGCUCUUAUCGUUGUCGUAAAUCCGUCAAACACGUCGCCACCGCAGCACAUUGUAGAAUUUUCUAUGACUUUGGAAAUUCCUUACAAAAACUUCGUGCAUUCUGCCGCUCAGAAGCGUAAAUUUAUGGAGAAACUGGGAGAGCUAUUCCAUGACAAAGACGCAAGUGCCAUAUCUAUAGAUAAUAUUACCGAAAGCACAGUUGUCACGUGGCACAAUAAAACUUUGGUAACGUCCUCCUGUCCGCACAACGUGAUAACGCAGUUACGCGAGGUGAUUGUCAAAGAUGAAAAAAUGUUGACUGAACGCGUGGGAGACGUUAUGGGUUCGGAGUUUCCAGUGAAACAAAUAACUAUUACGCCGACUGGUCUGUGCCUUGGUGAUGAAUCUACAAGUGUAUAUUCGCCAAGUGCUGGUCCUCCAGUUGAAGGCGGGACAUCAGUUGGAAAAUCGCACGAUGACGUUAUCAUCACAUUCAUAGUACCAGCGAUAAUAAUCGCUGCUAUGCUAAUCUUGGCUGCUAUUAUUGCUUGCAUUUUGUACAGACGGAAGCGUAGUGGAAAGAUGAGCGUCAGUGAACAAGAUGAUGAAAGACAGAGUUUCAGGAAUAAGGGAAUCCCUGUGAUAUUCCAAGACGAAUUGGAUGAGAAACCGGACCCAGGUAACAAGUCGCCAGUUAUUCUCAAAGAAGAAAAACCACCGCUACCACCUCCCGAGUAUCAAAAGACUGAAGACGGGGCAGACGUGCCCAUGCUGCAGAGUGAAAAUUCUGAAGAACCGUACCAGCCGCCACCACCUUUUGCCACAAAUCGCGACAACAAUCGUCAAAACAGACCAAAACCGACUCCUACAUACAGAAAACCCCCUCCAUAUGUACCCCCCUAACAAAACACGGUGCAUUCGCCAACGCGUAAGUACAUGCUAGCAAUGCUCGGAGACUCCCCAACGCACGUUCAAAAUCAAACAGACGCUUACAACCAGAAUCAUUUUAAUAAUCAUACGGAUAGCUAUGAGACCCAUAAUAAUAUUCAUAACAAUCGAUCGAAGUGAAAAUUUAAGUCAACCUUUCUUUAACCCACUCCAUGCAUACGGCGAUUUAAAUUGAAGUACAGUUAUGUUCGUUAUUAGGUAUUAUGAAAGAAAAAGUUUUUAAUUAUUAUUAAAUUUCUAUAGUGGAUACUCAACACAAUUCACGCGUUGCCUUUUGUAACGGAACUCUUCUAGAAUAAAAUCUUGGAUAAGUUAUUCGGUUUUAAUUCCAGCGUGGUCGUUUAUAUGUAAAAUCAGAAUCGAUUCAAUCCUGUUAUAUAACACGUAUUCUUGUACCGUUGAAAAUUAUUCAUACAUUGAACAAUACUCAAAUCUCAAGUACACAUUCAAUAUUCAGUGCCAUUUUCUGAAAGCAAUAAAGGUAAGAUCAUAAUAAGACAUAACUGCGAAAUCUGAUAAACAUUUACUACGUGAUAGGCAGUCUCUAAGUAUAAUGAUAAUCUCUUAAAAUCUAUAACACUAAUGCUAUUACUCCUAAUACUACUGCUACUACAAUUACUAUCACUCUUACCACAGCUACUACUACAACAGCAAACUAUUGAUACUACCACUACUGAUAUACUACUAUGUAAAACACUGCCAGAUGGAAAUUGUAAAAUUUCGUUGAAUUAUUGCUCUUAUUUAGAAAACUGAUACCUUUAUCAGAAUGUGGAAAGUUUCUAAAAAAUAUGUGACUCAAAGUGUUAUUCACACAAUACCGUUUUGGAGUGACAGAAAAUGCUUCCAUUAACACUGUGUGAGCCAAUAAAAAGAGUGAAAUAAAAUGAUAAUGUAUAAAGGUAUUUUCAGAUACAUGACGGUAAACUAACACAAUGGAACAUUUCACUACUUAUUAGUGAUAGGAACAACGUCAAAGAUCUAAUAAGGGUAGUGACGUAUAUACAAUAAUUGAGAUGGCAUAUAUCUCAAGAUCUUUUGUACAUUUGUCUACGUUCGAUAAUAAUUGUUACUUUUGUCUACAGUAUUUGAAGCGAUAGAAAUUUAAAUACGAUAGACCAAUGUUAGCAUUUAUGUUGUUUGCUGAAGAAUAAUCUUUUUGAACAGCUUAUUAACUUUUCUUUUCUUUUUUUUUACGUUGUCAUCCCUAUUUCUUUAUAUCUUUAUCAGCGCACAAUUUUGUCAGGGGUGUUGAUUUUAUAUCUAUUACACCAUUUCGUUUUUGACCAACACUGAUCAUUUUUGUAUCAUUUUUAUAUCGCUACGAAAAUAAUAAUAAUAAUGAUAAUGAUAAUUAUAAAUUAAGAUUAGUGACAUUGGCGAGUUUGAAUCAGAGUUAAGAUAUAAAAUCCUGAUAUAAACGCAACAUCUUUAUCAAUAUUAAAACGACGGAAUAAAAAAAAAAUAUAUGAAAAACAAAAAAAAAAAAAAAAACUAUUUAAUUUAGAUUUUAUAUAGUAACCAAGCCAAAAAAUAACUAAUAUAAAAAGGUAAAUAAAAUAGUAAAACGAUAACCGUACAUACACAGUGUGGUACUGUACUUAUUGGAUAAAUUCCUUUUUAAUCUUAUAACAAUUUCGUAAUGUUUUUUAACUAUACGAUGUUAUUGAAUGAGUUUUUAAUAAAAGUGCAGAUUUACUCAGCAAGUACAGGCCGUGCGAAUAUGGACAUACAACAGUUUUUGAAAGCAAUAUUUUUGAAAAGAAACAUAAAACGAAACACUUUGUGUCCGUGUCUCGAAGUUUGCUUCGUGAAAAUUAGGGUGGCAAAAUUUUUGCGAAUUGGCACCACUUGUGAAACAUACAUGCACAAAUGCCGUUGAAUGUAUGCGUACUAAUGAAUAAAUGUUUGGAUAUGUCCGUGAAUGAAAUAUUGUUAUGGUUAAUAAUGAACACGAUAAUGUAUUAAUUCAUUCAUUCGUAACUUAGACACUAAGGAAAUCUAUCAUGUAUACUAACUCAGCACUAUUCAUCACACCUUGUUUAUCGCCGUCAGUUCGCACAGAAACGCCUGCCUGUAAUUAUGUAUCAUCAAGUUUUCAAGAUUAUACGAAAUUUCUUUUCCAUUAGAAUCUGUAUAUUAGUCUGUUCAAGUCGCAAUGAAGGAUAAUAUCUGCGAUUAUCGUAAUCUGUUGUUGAGUUGAUGUUAAAAUUCUUUGGAAGAACUUUGAUCAGCAAUGUAAAUUUGAUACUUUUUUCUCCAACUUUUUUUUGUGUGGAACACGUUGAUUUGGGCAGCUAAUUUCAGUUUUACUCACGUCAUUGACGGUGCGAAUGUUUUUUUAAAUUUAUACUCGAAGUGCAACGGAAAAUCUGCGAUAGACAAGCGUUACUCUCAUAUCAUUGCUUCUUAUUUCAUAUCAUCUUUUUAUGCAUAUCUAUCAAACGCCACAUCAUAUUAUAUUAAAUAAAACUUACGUAUCAUAUAAACAUAUAUGGUAUAUAUAAAUAUAUAUACUAAACUUUCAAAAAGUGCAUAAAAUACUUGAGUCGGUGUGUUUGAAUCGCCGUUUUAAAAAUAUAGAAGGACAUAACUUGUAUUUGUAAAAAAAAAAAUUGUGAUUGUGGUAUUUCUAUACUUGAUCUGAGUAAUCAGAUCUAAAGAUAUUUGGUCUAAUGAUCAAAAACACCGUUUGAUCCUAAGUCCGUAUAUAACAAA